AUAUUUUUCCAGGAAGGGUAGAUGUUGAUAAUAUUAAUGGGAUGGCAAUAAAAACAGGGGACCAUAAUACAUAACCAAAUUAACUACUCACCACCAGUACUGAUCUCCUCUCCUAACCCUCUUCAAUUUUGGCAUUCAUGAAACAACCACUCUCCUUUAUUACACACUCCCCUUCAGUAUCGGAGCUCCCCCAUUCCCUCUUCAUUUCUCUCGCAAACAGGAGAGAACACUCCUUUCCUCUGCUUCCCUAAUGGCUCACACUCCUCUGAAAUGGCUGUGUUUGCUGCUGGUUUUUGACUGUUUGCUUCUUUCAAGCGCUCAGUUUAUGAAAACUUAUGUUGUUCAAAUGGAUAGGUCUGCAAUGCCGGACUCAUUUUCGGAUCAUCUUCAGUGGUACUCCACAGUGCUUACCAGUGUGGUCGUUAAUCCUGAGAGAGAAGGCAAUGGGGGAGGUGAACAGAGGAUCAUUUAUAGUUACCAGAAUGUUUUCCAUGGAGUUGCAGCUCGAUUGAGUGAAGAAGAGGCAGAGCGGCUCGAGGAAGAAGAUGGGGUCUUGGCCAUUUUUCCAGAGACCAAGUACGAGCUUCACACCACCAGAAGCCCCAGAUUUCUUGGGCUUGAACCAGCUGACAGCAAUAGCGCUUGGUCUCAGCAAAUUGCAGACCAUGACGUGAUUGUUGGAGUUUUGGACACUGGGAUUUGGCCGGAGAGUGAGAGCUUCAACGAUGCCGGGAUGUCGCCGGUGCCGGCGCAUUGGAAAGGGGAAUGCGAAACAGGGCGAGACUUCUCGAAACAGAAUUGUAACAGAAAGAUCGUUGGAGCUAGAAUGUUCUACCAUGGGUAUGAAGCUGCAACUGGGAAAUUUAACGAACAUUUGGAGUAUAAAUCUCCAAGGGAUCAAGAUGGGCAUGGAACUCACACGGCAGCCACCGUCGCCGGCUCUCCGACAGCCGGCGCGAACCUCCUCGGUUAUGCGUAUGGGACGGCUAGAGGAAUGGCGCCCGGUGCUAGAAUAGCGGCUUACAAAGUCUGUUGGGCCGGCGGCUGCUUUAGCUCCGACAUUUUGUCGGCUGUCGACAGAGCUGUGGCCGAUGGAGUAAAUGUUCUGUCCAUCUCUUUGGGAGGUGGGGUCUCUUCUUACUAUCGCGAUAGCCUCUCCGUUGCAGCAUUUGGGGCAAUGGAGAUGGGCGUGUUUGUGUCCUGUUCGGCCGGAAAUGCAGGGCCGGACCCUGUCAGUCUCACAAACGUAUCGCCAUGGAUAACCACUGUCGGUGCCAGCACAAUGGACAGAGAUUUCCCGGCCAUUGUCAAGCUCGGCAAUGGCAGAACAGUCACCGGCGUUUCACUUUACAAAGGAAGAAUCACAAUCCCAGAAAACAAACAAUUCCCAGUUGUAUACAUGGGGAGUAACUCAAGCAACCCGGAUCCGAGCUCGCUGUGUUUAGAAGGAACAUUAGAUCCCCAUUUCGUGGCCGGAAAAAUCGUGAUAUGCGAUCGUGGAAUUAGCCCACGGGUUCAGAAGGGUGUGGUGGUGAAGAAUGCAGGUGGGGUUGGGAUGAUUCUGGCGAACACGGCGGCGAAUGGGGAAGAACUUGUUGCCGAUUGCCAUUUGGUACCUGCCGUCGCCGUCGGUGAAAGAGAAGGUAAAGCAAUUAAGGUGUACGCAUUGACGAAUCGAAAACCGACGGCGACUUUAGGAUUUUUAGGGACAAGAUUGGGGGUAAGACCCUCGCCGGUGGUGGCGGCGUUUUCAUCCAGAGGACCCAAUUUCCUCACACUAGAGAUCCUCAAGCCCGAUCUGGUGGCCCCUGGCGUUAACAUCCUCGCCGCUUGGACGGGAAAAACAGGGCCGUCGAGUUUGACGACGGAUACAAGAAGAGUUAAAUUCAACAUUCUGUCAGGAACCUCAAUGUCUUGCCCACACGUCAGUGGCGUAGCAGCCCUGAUCAAAUCAAAGCAUCCCGAUUGGAGCCCGUCGGCAAUCAAAUCGGCACUGAUGACCACCGCUUACGUCCACGACAACACCUAUAAGCCUCUCAAAGACUCCUCCGGCGCAUCACCGUCGAGUCCGUACGACCACGGCGCCGGCCACAUAAACCCAAGAAAAGCCCUCGAUCCUGGCUUGGUUUACGAAAUUCAGCCGCAAGAUUACUUCGAAUUCCUCUGUACGCAGGAUUUAACCCCUUCACAGCUCAAAGUAUUCUCCAAAUAUUCAAACAGAUCUUGUCAUCACCUUCUCCCCAACCCUGGAGACUUAAAUUAUCCGGCCAUCUCUGCCGUUUUCCCCGAAAAAACCUCCGUCACUUCCUUGACCCUUCACAGAACCGUCACCAACGUCGGCCCUGCAACCUCCAGCUACCAUGCCGCGGUGACUCCGUUCAACGGCGCCGCCGUGAAAGUUGAGCCGGAGAGUCUGAACUUCACAAGGAGAUAUCAGAAGCUUUCAUACAAAAUCACUUUCCUGACGAAGAAGAGACAGAGUAUGCCGGAAUUCGGAGGGCUAAUCUGGAAGGACGGAACUCAUAGUGUGAGAAGUCCGAUUGUGAUCACUUGGUUAUCGUUUGUUUGAAUUUCUCCGAUAUUAUAUCAAUCGUUAAAAGUUCUUCCUUUUGUUAGAAUCAUCAUAAUUGCAGGCAGUCAAAAAGAGGGGCCUUCAAUUUUCUGAUUCUCCAUCAAAGUUCAUAGCCUUUCCAAUUGAAUUUGCUACUAAAAUUGCUCAUUUGCAGAAAAGCAAAUAACUAUUAAUAUCAAUGUAUUACAGAGAAAAAAAAAUUAAUAUCAAUGUCUCAAGUUUGAUCUUGUA